CCCGUGCCCAUGAAGUUUAGGCCUGGCACGGUCCAUAAAUUAUUCGUGCUCGUGCCGGGCUGGCCCAUUUAUUUCGUGCCCGUGCUCGUGCCGUGCUAGCCUAUGGGCGGCACGGCCUGGUGCCCACGUACAGUCAUGCCCUCUAUUUAAAGGUGAGGAACUAGACUAAAAGCAUCUCAAACCGACUAGAAAAGGGUCUCCUACUCCUUAUGGGCUAAGUAAACUUCUUGAACAAGGCUAGGAUUGUAGCGGCAGUUGGGACCGCCGCUCGUUUUGUUCGUGGGUUGGGAUCCUUGAACCUUGGAUGAUCCUCCGUUGUAGUUUGGACACCUCUUAACCAAGCCUCCUUCAAUGGUGGUUGGACCCGAUGCUAGGUCGUCGUGGUUUCUUCAUCAGCUUGGGGCGAGUCUUCUUCCUAUGGGCUUGUCUUGAGAUUAUUAAACGACUUCUAGUUGACUUCUCCGUCACCGGAGCUCAUCUUUCUCACAAAAGCUGCAUAUUCUUCUUUUUAUAGCUCCUUUGGUCUUCUAGAUUUAUCCAAUGCUUGCUCCAAAUUUCCUUAGGUUGCUUUGUACUUUCAAAAUUAACAAAACAUACCUAGAAGGCAUCAAAGAAUAUAAAAAACACAUCCUAGGUUUUUGAAAGGUUCAUUGAUGAAAUAAUUGUGAUUUAGAUAGGAAAUACUUUUGAAAUGACAAAGUAUGCUUUGAUAGAAGGAGAAAAUGUAUCAAGAAUGGAGUGACAAACAUUAUAAAUAAAUGUCAUAAAAAAUACCCCACACUUGUACUUUGCUUGUCCCCAAGCAAGUACUUGUCCGCAAGCAAACACUACUCAUAAGCAUACAACUUAAGGACUUCAAGAAGCCAUCACCCAAUUUUGAUAUGAGGUAGUGGAUCAUAAGCAACUUACAAUGUCAAAAAUAGAACUAGAGAAUCCUAACCACUUCAAUAUGCAAGAACAUCAUACUACUUAACCCAAGCAUCAACUACUAACCAUGCAUCAGAGUCUCAAAACGAUACAGUGAAACUUUUGAUAAACUUUUAAGCUUUGAAUUCUUUCUACCAUCAACUUGACAUGUCUUUAAAUUACUUUCCUUACUCAAACACAUACUCUCUUUUUAUGAAUUUUGAAUAUUUCUUCUCUUACCCACAACUAUUUUUUUUUUAAUUUUUCUGAUUUUUCUCCUAGUGGAGAGAUCUUUUUGAACUUUACCCUUAUUGGUCGACCAAGAGCUUAGAAGCUCCUAUUCCUCAACUCAUGCGGAGGGUCAAUGAAAUUAAGUGAUGUCGAAAGCUUUUUAUGUGCCCUCAAGAACACAUUCUUUGGCAAUUAAUUCGACGGGUGAAAAUUUUACUUGUAUAGAGAGGAACUAGAAUCACCUAGUAGUACUUUCCCACUAAAGCUCAACUAGUAUCUCUUCCAAAACCCAAUUUAGUACAAUGAAAAGAUGCCUCAUACAUUGGGCUUACCCCACUUUUUAUUUUUCACAUAGCAUUUCAAAUUUUUAAUGAUACAAUGUCUUGUUUGGUUGAAAGUUUGAAUUUUCCUAAAGAUACAAUUUACCCUUUGAAAACAGGAGACUAUUUUUCAUAAUUAUAAAUCUUCGAAUCGAUCAAAUAAUAUAGCAUUCAAACGCAUGAAAUGGUCAUUAAAUCCAACUGAAUAUCACAUCCUUCAUAGUCACUACAUUAUCCUCCCUAGAUCAAGUGAUAAUAACUAAAUUCUAUGAUUCAAAGUAAGAUGAGGAGUGAUCAUGCUUGUAGGGGAUGACUAAAGUCAUUAGAUGGAAAAACAUCUUUAGUUCUUUCAAAAACUUUUAAGCACAUAUCACAACUAAUUUAGCAUUGAUUUUUUUUUUGGAAUUUUAACAACUAAAUAUAUAGCAUGUAGUCAACAUAACAAGGUAAAGCAUAUAAACCCUUCCCACCCCACACUUUAAAAUGGACAUUGCACUCAAAUGAACUUAAACAUAAUGAUUUGUGGUAAAGUUGGAAGUUGGAACAAAUAACCUUGAAUGUCGCUAAAAUCCCAAUUCAUACUAUAUUGUAGCUAGUUAUGUUUAAUUGUUUUGAAGAGACACAAAUUAGUCUAAACAAAAGAAGAGUACAAGUGGCUUCCCUAAAUCUCCAUCUCCUACAAGUUUGGUCCUCCUAGUGGCGAUGAACUACUUGAGUAGAGGCCUCGGAAUUAUCUAUUAAAGUCCUCCAUCAAUGAAUGGCCCCAUUAUUGCGCCUAUUCUUUUCUUACGCGCCAAGCUCGAGUAUGCUCCAGCUCCAUCUGUCUUUCCUGCUUCAGGGCAUCCCAAUGUUGCUAGUUCAUGGUCUGGUAGUUGAUUAGGCUCAGGUAGUCUCACUAAAUGCUUUGUUGGUUUCCCUCAUGUCAUCCAUGUAGAGUACGAUGGGUAAGUGUUCCUGACGAGGUCUACUCCCUUGCUUUUCACCUUGUCAACACCAAAGUGAAAUUUGGUUGACGAUAGAUAGGUCUUUCCCUCACCAAUGUCUCCCAGAGAGCAAAUCCAUAAUCCUCCCUAUGCUCGUUGAUGUGCUAAGCUAUGGUGUAAACAUAGCCUCUUCUUGGUAAUCCUCAUGGGAAAGCGACAAAUGUAUACCGCAAAAGUUUGUUAACCACCAAAAAUGUUGGGUAAAGCCACCAGUUGUUCAACAAAACAUAAUACAAGAUCAUAUCAUUGGUGGUCACCUUUCCAUCAACUCCCUUCUGCCUCAUGUGAAUAAGUGGUUCGACCAAAGUAGUACAUGAACCUAAUGAAUGGCAUCUCAAUAAUGGUCAGUGAAGAGUAACCAUCAACAAACUUGGCUCCUUUGUCUCUCGUGAUCGUCUGCCACACCUCCCGGAAGACAACCAUCUACGUCGUGGGCUCCUGAUAAGCUACAAGGAUAGCAUAUGAGAGUGGCCUCUCCUAUGGUAUGAGGGGAUCCCUACCAUUAUGGCCAAGCUAUCUUAACUAUUGUUGAAGUGUCAUCCCGCCAAUCUAUAGGAGAUUCACCUCUAGCUUGAGCUUCCUAAUACUCCCUGAUACUAGUCAAAAUUCGACUAGUUCAGCUCUCCUUAGUGGUCCACCGAUAUGUCUCUCCAUCUCCGCACCUUCUUGGAACUAGAAUUAGCAAUGGGGAACUGGAGGAAAUUAAGGGUGCAGGGGUUCCUCCGGUGUGCCUUCUCGUAUCUCCUUCUCGUUAUUAGUCUCCCGCACCUUAGCAUAUGGUGGCAGCUGUCCACUAUUGCUACUCGAUCUCUCGCUAUCCAUUGAUAUCCUUCCACUAUUGUUGUUUGUCAUAUUGUUGAAUGAAUCAGAAUUGAUAACCCAACUCCCUCGAACUCUCCUCCUCCUCUAUCACGAUCACUGACUCCCUCCUAUUGAGUUGUGCAGACCGUCAGGGAGCUACAUGCUCUGGCUCAGCUCAUGGUGGACUAGGAUCCCUUGGUCCUUUAAAGAAGCAGCAAGAUAUCCUUUCUUCUUGUGUCUGCCCAUCCAUUUGGGAAAUGAAUUCAUUUUCCUGCUCAAAAGAAACCAAGUUAGAAUAUAAAAUAGGGGAUAACCUCACACUUUAAAAGGGAUGCUAUCUAUAAGAUAAUCAUAUAACUUAUCGAGUAUGUAUUAAGAAGACAAUAAUCCAUACACUUCAGUUAUAAUUGAAGCUCAUGUAAAGAAUUAUAAUAUUUAUAUGCAAUCUCGUAGCAUGACAUGACCUCCUACGAGAGGCCCAUGUCCCUUAUUGAAUCAUGCCAUGCUCAUUAAUGACAUAGUGGGUUGGGCUUAAAAUCAAUAUCCAUAAGGCCCAACUUAAACAAUAGUAAUUGUUAUAAGUAUUGUGGUCUUAUAAAUUCAUUGAUUAUCUUGUAACUCACUAAUGUGGUACAAGACAAAUUUUAUGGUGUAAACAGAAAGAGUACAAUGGCUGGCAGAUGAAAAGAGACUCGAGUCUCUGUUUUCUUCGCUUCGUCUUCCUCGUUCGUUCAUUUCACUUUCCCUUCUAUUUGCCUUCCAAAAUCCCUAGCUCCCCAAGCUUUGAUCGAAUUUUAUACUAAAGAUUACCUAGUGUGCACAUCCGCUAUUUUCCGUCACACUGAAGGUGCUAGGGAAGGCAAUGGGAGGGUUUGGUGCGGGUUUUCCUAAACCAUCUCUAUCCUCACUUUCAAAUAUCCAAAUCCAUAUUCGCCUCAUAUCCAUACGGGGAAGGUUUUGCAAACCAAUUCCCCAUACCCGUGGGUUUCAGGUACUCAUGAGUAAUACCCGCCCCAUACAUCCAACAUUAUAUGCAUAAAAUUUUCAAUUAUAACAUUAAAUACACCUACUAUAUCAUGAAGUCAACAAAGAGACAAUCAUUCUCAAUACAGUUCAAAGCAUCUUAUCCUAAAACAUCCAUUACCAUAAGAUAGAGUACAAUGUCCUAAUCAUUAUUCGCUAACUCUGAUACAUCUACUAAGUAAUAACUAACUAACCUAAUGUUGUUAACACUAGGGAAAAAGUUAAAGAUUGAAGAGAGAAUUGAGGAAAAUGAAUUAGGUUUUGAUUUGGGUGACCACUCAAUUGCAUUUCUACUAAUUAUUUUCUUGAGUUACCCUCACUAUCAUUGAUAGGUUACAAUUUGAUCAAUGUAUUUUUUAUAUGUGAAGAAAUGCUCUUGGUGGGGCGGGUAUGGAUAUGAAGAGGGAAGGCUAAAACCGUACCCGUCCCAUAACCAUAGAACAUUUUGUAGGUUUUACCCAUACUCGUCCAUACGCAGUGAAUGCAAGUAUUCUCACAUUAAUUGGGUCGGAGGCAGUCGAAUACCCACAAUCAUAGGUUUGAUUGCCAUUGCUAGUUUGCUACCUUGGGGUGUGAUGAGGGAUAUAUGAGAGCGAAGUAUUUGGUAUUGUAAUUGUAAUGUUAUAUAUACAAUACAUACACUGAAUGAGACAGUGACAAGACCGUUCAUGUCACUUCUUCAAUAACUGUGGACCAGUCCGAUUCUCAAGAAAAUGAAAUUGAUCAAAUUCAAAUUUUCACGGGACUGGCAUGGCAGUCCUCACUCCUGGCCUGUUGUUCAUCAUGGCCAAGGCUAGGUCAUAUCGUUAUGUUGUGCUAGAACAGUGGAAAAAGCUCCAGAAGAGAUCAGUCGCAAAGGAUUCGGAUAUUAUUUUUCUUAUCAGGCCGAUAUCGACUUACGGUACAACAGAAACCUUACAUACUAUAAAUAGGCAAAUAGCCAUUGUCCUUGUCUGGAAGAACAAAGAACCAGUAGAAGUGUCCCAGAAGAAAAUCAAUCUGGCAAGGCAAACGAACAUGACGCACCAGACUCUACAUGAUCUCAACAACCGCUCGACUAAGAAUCUUCCCCUCGUUAAGAUCUUGAAAUGCUGUGCCUGCCUCCUCAAAGUUGUACUUCCGGGUAACCGCAUCAGUGAGGUUGAAUAUGCCCGACUCCGCAAGCCUUACCAGCUUUGGAAGAUCUUGCCUUGCCCUUCCUCCAUAUGAACCAAUCACUUGGAUCUUUUCCACAAAUGGUUAUGUUAGUUAGUUGCUUAGGUAAGACAGCAAGAUUUUUUUGCUUCCCAUGUUCUCUCUUAACUCUUUCCAUGCAACCUUAAGCUUAUAUCUAACAUGACUGUCUAGAAAAGGGCUAUCGCUCAUAUGAUUACCAAACGUAGAUGUUAGGAUCAUUGAAAAUGGUUUUUGUUACUUUGCUAGAUUUGAUUCCAGGAAAGAAAACUCUAUGUAAGCAAUAUGCAGAGAACAUUUUGCAUACCUUUCGACGAACUAGAUGAUUGAUGUCCAUCUCCCCCACUGAGCCAGCUUUUGCAAGCCCAAUCAUCACAGCUUUCCCUCCAUCUCUUACACUUCUGGUGCACUGUGAAAAAGUGAGCGGUUUGCCCAAUGCUUCCACUGCAACAUCCACACCUCUUCCUCCAGUUAUUUCCUAUCACAGAAUAUGAUAUCAGUACUCCAAGAUCUGAUUGAUGACAGAAAAAACAAGGCAUUAAAGCCUGAAAGUCCACUCAGAACAUUUUUCCAGGUCUCAUGUAAGAAAGGAUCCACUCAAUCCAGAGCAUUUCCAAUCCGACUCGUAAAUCAUAAUCUAUUAAGUUAAGACGGAGGGCAGGUAUUUCAUGGAGCAUCCUCAGCUCAGACUCAGAUUUGGCAUAGAUGACUUGUGGGCAAAUCAUGAAAGAAUCAUCACACAGAAAUAUAAUAACAGAUAAUCAGAGCU